AUGGGCGAAAGAACAAUUGCCCCACCUCUUCCCAAAGUCGUUGUCGUUGUAGGUACCUACGAAGGCGUCUUGGCAGGCUGGGAGUUAUCGAAACACAAUAGCUUUCAAAUAUCGUUCGCGACGCCGGUACACGGAGGCAGCGUUCGCAGUCUGUGUAUUGCCAGCCGCGGCAGUGCCUCUACUUCUGGGAAUAGCGACAAAAAUCAGAGCCUACCAGGGUCUUUGCUCUCCUGCGGAUACGAUGAAUACUUGAAAACUCACGAUUUUGCCAAAAAAUUGACAUCAUCGGGAGAAGUCCGGACCCCCUCCGAGUUCGGUACGCCCUUGUGCUCGUCCUUUGCUCCGCCAGCGUCGUCAUCCGGCCUGCCGAGUACGCACUGUUUGUUGGGCUUUGCGGGUGGGAAGCUUGUUAUCUACAAAAAGCGCGAUUGGAGCGUCCAGCAUGUACUGGCGGGACACGAAGGCGGCGUAUCAGCGAUGGCUGUACAUCCUUCGGGGAAAAUGGUUUUGACUGGAGGUGAAUCGGACGGCAAGCUCAAGCUUUGGGAUUUGACCAAGGGUCGACUAGCGUACGUGAGCAAAAUCCAACCCGCGCGCACGAACAUUCAAGGUCGAACCCACUACGAUGCGGUUGUCAGUCUCGUUUGGAGCCCCGUAAAUGGUGACGCUUACGCCUUCGCCUAUGGAUCGCAUUUGACAGUUCGAGAUGUUGCGACAGGAAAGGAUCUGCUGGAUACUGAACUUCCCUCUCGGGUCAACCAGAUUUGUCUAUUAGACGUAUCAGAAGGCUUGUUUGUCGCAGCGGCAUGUAACGAUGGAUCGCUGCCGGUUUUGGCUGUCCAGAGUGUAGAUAAUACAGAAGGGGAGCGCCGAGGCAUGAUGGCGAUCGAACCAGUCGAAGGGCCAGUGGCGCGAGAAGAGCGAUUUAAAUGUAUACAUGCGGUCGGGGGUUAUCACGUUGUAACUGCAAACAGUGCCGGUGUUGUAAGUCUCAUGGACUUGCAAGGGGCCAUCAACAUGAUUAUGAGCGACGACAAGAACGACGACGGAGUUGAUGCAGGUAAUCCAGUGGAUCCGAGCAGUGACACGGACGACGAGAGUGUCGAUCACGAAAGUGACAAAGGUACAAGUGAAGAUGAAGAAACUGGCGAGGAAGAGCUGGCGGUCGACAUGAUCGACAGUAUUCAGUUAGGAACCGGAGCGCGGAUUACUUGUUUGGCGGUCUAUUCUUGUGAACGAGACGACGAUUUAUCGGAUCCUCCAUCCGAUGCGUCUGUGGAUAAUGAGGAAGUAGAAACAAUACCAAGAGAGAAUGCGCCGGAAGAAGACCGCGAAAACUUUCAAAGAGUGAAGCGGAAAUGGGAAAAGGAAGUCGUCAUGGAUCCGGAAGCCGUAGAAAGGGCAAGGGCCCUGGUCACAGAGGCGAAAAAGAUUCAAAAACGAAAGGAGAAGAAAUCAAAGAAGCACAAGACUAGAUAG